UUUAGGUUGUGAAAAACAUUGCAAGCUUAAACUCUCCGAUUUACACUGGCCCUGUAGAGGGGAUACAUUGUAGUUGUUCAAGUGGGGGUACACAGCACCGGAUACAGUUGUAGUUUGGAAACAUUUUACUUGAAGCGGGACACCCUGUAGUAUAUCUUGGCGAGUUACCACUGAUGAUUGAAGACUUGUCCUUUGUCCAUAUUAUAAUGGCAACAUAUCACAUACGAAGAUGUGCAUGGUUUUUCACUGCACUCGUUGUCAUGGGACUUUGUUAUAUUUUAAACUUGGUAGAGCACAUAAACACUGAAUUUACCUUCCGUGAUAGACGGAUGGUUAAACAAAUGAUAAAGCAGUCAAAUUCUAGUAGUUUUAUGUUGAAAAAGGAGAUGUCCAACACGGUGUUGUCGUGUAAUAAGGCUGCAGUAUAUCUACCUGGAUAUAUCCCCGAGGAUAGAGACGAGGAACUUAUCGUGUAUAGCGAACUGGGAAAAUGUGGAAGCGGAACACUUGUGUCCAUUAUCACAUCCGCAUGUAGACUCACAAAAAGAUACACAACGCGCUACUUCUGGCCUAUCCCUGAUCUUGAACCUUCGGAUGAGAGACACAAAUACAUCAAGACUCACAUUCUGUCACAGAGAAAACCAUUCAUUUUCAUGGGGCAUUUACGUUUUGUGGAUUUCACAGAAUUUGGGUACAAGCAGCCGAUAUAUAUCGAUUGGAUUCGAGAUCCCGUCGAAAGAUUGAUCUCGCUAUAUAAUUACGAAAGGAGAGAAACGAAUGUGACUAAUGGCCUUAUUAAGGAAGAAAUGGAGAGACCCUUGGAUGAGUGCAUUCAAAUAUGGAUAAACGAAACAGGAUGUCGCGAUGCUGCUGAUCUACCAACAUGUUUACGAAGUAGGGCACAUAAAGGAUGUACAAGUAAAGGAAUCGAACCAGUGUACUCACAAGCCUACUCAGGAAGACCAUACAACAAAUCCAAAGAGGUCCUAAUAAAUAUGGCCAAAUCAAACAUAGAACGUUACUACAUAUUUAUUGGGCUCAAUGAACACUACACGGAGAGUGUGAAAGGUUUGGAAAAAAUCCUUCGGUUUCAAGAUAAACUUAGUGCCAUAUAUAAAACUGUGUUACGUGUCAAUGUAGGCAAGAAAAAAUCUCGUCCGAGUAACAGUAGUAUAAAGCUGUUAAAGACGCUUCUAGCAGACGAUUAUGUAAUUUAUGAAUUCAUACGACAGCGUCUUUACAUUCAUUUAAAAUGCCUAGGGAUUUUUAAGGAUACUAUCAUGACAAUGAAGACCAUAUUUUACCUUUGUCUGGCUCUUGCCAUGUCUGUUGAGAUGGUGUCAUCAGAAAUAAGCAAACGCCAAGAUGACUUGUGCACGCGAGAGGAAUGCCGCAAUGGACAAUACUGUAAUAAUGAUGUUGACUGCCCAGAUGAUAAUACUUGUAAACAUGAACAAAACUAUGCACCAUACUGCGCAUGUUUCUACUGUCGACCUGGCUUGAUAUAA